AUUGGUGAGAUGGGCGUUAGCAAUUGGGUGUUAUAAUUAUCACAUUGAGUAUCGAAAGGGAGAACACAAUAUUCUUGCAGACUUUUUGUCAAGAAUGCCAAACCCUGACCAAAUACCGUCUGAAGGUGAACUGACUGUACAUAAAAUAGGCACGCGAUUGCAAGCGAUAAAAAUGAUUGAUUUAACACUUUCAGAGAAACUGAUUAAAGAAGAAACAGGAAAAGAUCCCGUCCUAAGGGAAGUAUCCAAUCAUAUUAAACUUGGCUGGAAGAAUCAAUGUAAUAGUCACCUAAAACCUUACUAUCGAAAACGUGAAGAACUUGCCAUCGAGAAUAAAAUUAUAAUGUGGGGCGGAAGAAUUGUAAUUCCACAAGGGAUACAAAAAGCUGUAUUACACUACCUCCACCGCGGCCAUCCAGGCACAUCUGCUAUGCGAGCUCUGGCUAGAUUUUAUGUCUGGUGGCCCUCCAUAGACGAAGAUAUAGAUAGAUAUAUUAAACUUUGCCAUAAAUGUCAAGAAAACAGGCCGAAUGAUCCAGAACUCCCUAUUUACUCUUGGUCUAUCCCAGAAAAAAAUUGGGAAAGAAUUCAUAUUGAUUUCGCAGGUCCUUUCGAAGGAAAGUAUUGGGUAGUAGUUGUUGAUGCUUUAUCAAAAUGGAUUGAAGUACGACCAAUGACUAAAACUACUACAGUAAAACUAUGUGCUAAACUGGAUGGAAUAUUUCAGGGCUAA